AUGGGUGCAUUGUUACUUCAACGAUUCGAAGUUGAUACGGAUACUAUUAGCUGGAUCAAUAACUGGAGACAUGCCGUGGAAUCGUUGAAUAAUAUUUUAACAUUACCAGAAUCAGAUCUAAGGAACAGAUUAUCUGAUGAUCGACAAAUUUUAGAGCUUGUUGACAACUUUCUUGAUAUUUUUCCGAAAAGUUGGCGAAAAGAUGAAGCGUUAAGCAUGGCACUGAAUAAAAAUCUUCAAUCGGAUCAUGGAGAAGAAAUUCGUAACCUAAUUAUUGAAAUGUAUACAAAAAUUUUGAUGCUUUUUAUGAAACUUGCUAAAGAGUUUGUUGGCAGACAAAACCGUCAAAAAAGUACUCUUUUCGAUUUAAAUCGAUUAUUCCGUGCAAUUGUGAUAUUUAAAACAUCAAAUCGAAGUGCUAUCGAAAAUAUUGUCACAGAAGCAUUUGAUACAAAGCAGUUCACAGAAAAGGAUGUUGAAACAUUUAUCAAAAUUAUGGAACAAGAAUUAAACGAUUAUAAUAAUGAUGUUGCAUUUUCUGAAACCAAUAUUAAUAAAUUGGAAAAAUUUUUGGAAAAGUGUUUGAUUGGAUUUGAAGGAUUAACACUUGUUUCAUCAUUAUUGCUUAAACAUCUAUCACAAGUGAUCUUAUGUGAUUUCUUGAAUAGCAUAGCUGUUUUGGUGGAGAAUUUGGAAGAGCAUUAUUGCAUGGAACAAAUGAUGAAUAUAUCAACAGAUUUGCGAAAAAAAUUUGGGAUAAUGUUGGCAUUGGUGGAUAACGUGAUAGCUUCGGCAUAUGCUCUUUUUCACACUUCAAUUGUCUGCAUUAAUUCAGUAGAUGAAUUAUAUACUGUUAUUGUUAAUUGCCUCCAAUACGAAAGGUUUAUUUUUUAUUACACUAUUAUUUACCCAAUCGAAGAAGUUCUUGAUCGAUGUGAUGAAGAGCAAAAGAUAUAUAUCAAUACUACUCUUGAGCAUAUCAGAGAGAAUUGUAUCGCGUAUGUUUUGGAACAACUGAAAAAGCGUGGUAUGCUUGCUAGCCUUGGAUCAUCGGCUACUCAAGAGGUACAGGAAAAAAUCGAUUAUCUGGCCGAACUUUUGCCUCACUUUUCGCCCCAAUUUAUCCAUUUAUGCUUGCGACAUUUCGGUUAUCAAACGGAACAAACAGCAAAUGCAUUGCUAAAUACUACUGAAUUACCGUUAGAUCUGCAAGCCUUAAUUUCGGUAGAAUUAAAAGCGGAAAGUGCGCCAAUGAUUGUUGACGGGUCGUCUCCUUUUUAUGAUUUUACUGAUGAUGAAAUUACCGACGAUAAAGCGAGGAUGCAAAGUCCAUUGAUUUGCAUGAAACCACUACAGCCAUCUACUAAUCUUACUAUUGCUCAAAGUGUUUCCGGAACAAAAACAGGAAAUAAUGGCCGGGAAAAUUUAAAAGCUGAAUUUGGCUUCGAAGCAUUUUUAGAGGGAAGAAAAAUGGAUGCACAAAUCAAAAAUAAGCCAUUACACACUGAAAUGUUUGAUGUGCCAGAUUCUGAAAAGGUUGCCCUGAGGCCAACCUAUGAACGAUAUCGUUAUACGAGAACAUCAUCGCCGGAAUUCAAUAUGUAUGAUGAUGAAUAUGAUGAUACAUAUGAUGAUCAGUACCAAAACUAUGAUUUGGAAUUCAGGGAUGGUGAUAUUGCGAUCGAGAAAGAUGGAAUUGAACCAAAUACGAAUCGUAUAGCAAUGCGUGAUGAAGUGGACGAUAAUGCAGAGAAUGAGGAGGAAAAGAAAACCGGAGUAGAUAAUGCAAGAAGGAAAAAACACUUAAAGAAUGAUCGAAAAGUGAUAAAUGCUUUUGUACCAGGUGAAAAAAAUCAGAAUAAUGCCUGUGCAAAGAGAGCCGAAGAGGUGGGACAUCCAUCAGGAAGUGGUUCUAACGAAAAACAUAAACCGGGAUAUACCGGUGGUCGGGACCGGCAGCUAAAAGAACGCCGUAAAGGUGAAUUCAGACGACGACAAGCUGACAAGAAGAUGCGUAGUGGGAUGUUCUGA